GCGAGAGAGAGGAAUCCAGUGCCUUGCCCGAGGGACUUCGAUCCUGUCCACCGAUCUAACGCCGCUUGAUAAGGGCUUCAAUCUUGUUGUCGGAGAGGAUUCUGUCCCACGUUUAGAACGUAAACAAAUCCUCGAUAACAGUAAGGAAACAUCAUGAUAAACGAUCGAGUACUUUUCAGCACAAAAUCUAUUCCUAAAAGAUAUGACGGAAGGGGAUUAGAUAAUAUAGUCGUAAAUAAAGACAGAAGCGAAGAGCAUCGGAUAAAAGUGACAAUGUAAAUAAAACGGAUUUCAAAACAAUGCAGUGAUCAGCUGAGAGAAACAUACUGAAUUAACCGCGUUGGACCAAAAAAACAGAUUCAGAAUGAUAACGUCAUCGGAAGAGAGUGACAUGGACGAAGCUGACUUAGAUGACUCUCUUCCAUUUCUUGGAGGUGAUGAACACUUUGCAAAACCAAGCGAGAAAACCAAGACGGACUACGAAUACCUCGUCAGCGCAGAAUUAUCCGACCAGCACCAAAGUGACCAGUUGGAGAAGCUAGACAAGGAAAUCACGCUGUUUAAUUAUGAAGAUGACGAUGUUCCAGCCCCGAAGAUACAAGUUCCAGAUGUUGAACAAAGACAGAUUGAGUUGCAUCCACCGGGAAUAGUAUUCUUUUCAACUGAUCGCUGUCGCCUUUAUACAGAAGAUACAUUAGUGUGGCCUUUUGCCGAUUCCUUCACAAAUCCCUUAGGGAGUCUUUCUCUUGAUAAGGUGAAGGUGUAUAUCAAGGAGGGACUUUUUCAGAGAGUCUAUUCAUCAAAAGGAACAACCAAACUUAUGAUGAAGUACUUGUUCCACCUCUGCUGUUGCACUACAGAUAUGGAGCUACUCUACCCAACUUACAACACUCUUUGUUACAUUGCGGAGAACAAUGAAUGCCACUUGAACGUUUGCCAGGAACUUUAUUUGGCAUUAGCUAAUCUAGGUGCCGACAUGAAAAAGUAUGGCAAAGACCCUUCCCUUAUAAAAUCGCCAGUGCUGCCUCCCUGUCCUGCAGUAAACCCUCCUGAACAGCCUGUCUCAACAAAAAAGAAUUUAUCUCUGAUGCUACAGUUCCUGGGAGUGUUGUUAACUCACAGCAGGAAGUGCAGUGACGACGAUUUAGACGAGCUGAUGAAAAUAUUCGUGGCCAUUGGUCUAGAUCCAACAGUUAUCAACACUGGGUUAGACUUGCAGGUCGCUACUUGUAUCAGUCGCACUCUCAGCCUGUACCCAUCGCAGCAGGUGUUUUUUCAGAGAGUUCAAGGCCUGGUAGAAGAUAUAAUCACCUACUGUGAUUGUAAUCAUCACACAGUAUCUCAUGUUUGUACCAUGUAUAUUCAGCCAACGUGCCUUGGACAAAUAUUAUGCAAAUCCAUUGCUUUUCUGCAAGUAGAGCUCUCACUCCAAGCAAAGGACAAGAACAGUUUAGAUCUAGUGGAAAUAGAUGAUGUGGUGGAACUCAUCGAAAGCCAGCUGGAAGUUAUGAGUGCGGAAGAGGAUGGAUACUUACUGCACUCUGUCAUGAAGCUCUUGGUCUGCUGCGUAGGAGAUGGGCCCUUCACUCCCACGCAGAAGAAAUCACUAAGACAUAUGUGUGAUCUCCUUAACCCAGUCAUCAUAAGUAAACGGGUCAAAGUAGACGACAUGUACUCCAGCCUCUUUCGUUUCUACUCGAGAAAGGUGAUUGAUAAAUGGAAAUGCCAGGCUGUAACAGGGUACAACCGGACGACAGCAAACACUACAUGAGAUGCAAACAAGUUCAUUAAGCAGAGAAGAGAAUGACCCAAGUCCUGAUAUAUCCCGGUAGCAGAGCCCGCAAGAGGAGGAGUGUUUUCACUGAAACACCACAACAGAAGUGAUUUCUUUUCCUUCUUGCUUUCAGAACGAUUUUUGGGAAAGAUAUCAUAGCAAGGUUGAAAUACGGAAAUAGUUAUAGAUUACGACUACCUUGACCCUACAGGUGUUUCAUGCAGAAGUGUAUCUUUUUCUUUCUUUCUUUUCUUUUCUUUUCUUUUCUUUUCUUCUUUUUUUUUUUUGGUAAAACAAAUUUCUGCUCUAUGCUGUCAGAAAGAAAAAGUUUGUGUGUGUGUGUGUGUGUGUGUGUGUGUGUGUGUG